UACRCUGCUUGCAAAGUUUGUACAUGUGAACYUCGMAUUGUUAUUUGUGCAAGRAGAUAAAUUCACCAAGAUGUCGAAAACAUCGCAUCCAAAGUAUUGCGACAUGAUUGUCUCAGCUCUGAAAAGUAUUGGCGGUAAAGGGGCAUCCAGGCAGGCCAUAAACAAGUAUAUUGUCAAGGAAUACGGCUUAACCGAAGACAACCACCACAAUGUCAUGCUGAAAUCAAACCUGAAGCGAGCAUCUUCUGUAGGAGGACCAAUUAUGCACAGCAAAGGCAAAGGAGCUGCUGGCUCGUUUAAACUAAGAGUACAAGAAAAAGCGCCCGCCAAGAAGGCUGCUAAAAAACCAGCCGCAAAGAAAGCACCGAAAAAGAAACCAGCUGCAAAGAAACCAGCAGCGAARAAACCAGCCAAGGCGCCAGAGAACAAAGUCGAGAAACCAAAGGAAGAAAAGAAGGCCGAGGAACCUAAACCCAAACCCGCUAAACCUWCGAAAAGUAGCGCUGUCAAAUCGAAACCAGCCAAGAAAUCGAAAGCUGCAUCGCCAAAGAAACCUAAAGCAGUCAAAGCCGCUAAAMAAUCACCAAAGAAAUCGGCAAAGAAGCUUCCUAAGAAAAAGUGAUGUCCAGAACUUUGUAUAAGCAAGGAAUGUAUAUAUAGUUCUCGUUUUUAUAAGCCCGAGUCUGAGCCCGAGGUGAACAACACUCAUGUUGUAGAGUAAACAGACUCGACUGUCUACUGUGAUAACUACGAUACAGUCGCUCCACCCCCUCCCCCGAGGGGACGUUGUUUGUAUAGUAUCAGAAGCGACAUCUUUCUCGAUUCUAUAUUAGAGCUAAAGGAUAUUGCGCCUUAUUUAUUUACAUUAAUWCUAAGUUGUUUAUAUUAUGUUAUAAUAUGCCGAGUCAACUGCAAAACGAUUUCAUUAUAAGAUAUUUUAAUAUUAUUUGUGUUCAGCUGAAUAAAGAGUGAAUUGUAAACCCGGA